AUGAUGUUUAGCCAUUGUCUGUUAGCCGAAACAGAGCCGCCUCCACGACACUUUGUCGUAGUAACGUCACGCCGACCUUUCACCCGACUCUACUUCUCCUCAAAGCCUUACGCGCACGCCACUGCCGCCUUGUGGCCCACACGCGGUCAUGCACACUCAGACUGGCAGCAAACUUCUCUACAAUGCAUCCCUCUGAACUGUGUACUGAACUGUGAUAAGCAGAAGUGUGGGCGGAACCGGAGGUUCACAAGACUUAAAGCUGUGACGUCAUUUUUCAGCGUCACAUCUUUGUCAGUGCACAAAAUGGCAUCCUACUGCUUGACCGUCUCCCGGCUUCAGCUAAUCCUGGGCCAUGGGGCUCGACGUCUUCAUGUGUCUGCGGCCCUAAGUGCUAAAGCCAAGGUGUCUAUGAGCCGCUUCGAGCCGAACUCCUACAUCAACUAUGAGAAACUCCAAUUCAAUGUCAAUAUUGUGCGCAAAAGGUUGGACAGGCCACUUACGCUUUCGGAGAAGAUUGUCUAUGGCCAUCUGGAUGACCCGAAAAAUCAGGAGAUUGUUAGAGGACGCACAUAUUUGCGCCUGCGUCCAGAUAGAGUUGCAAUGCAAGACGCGACAGCACAGAUGGCCAUGUUGCAGUUCAUCAGCAGCGGCCUGCCCAGAGUGGCUGUACCAUCCACUAUCCACUGUGAUCACCUUAUUGAGGCUCAACUCGGAGGAGCUCAGGACUUACAGCGAGCAAAGGAAGUGAAUCAGGAAGUUUACAGCUUCCUUUCUAGUGCAGGGGCUAAAUAUGGUGUUGGUUUCUGGAAACCUGGCUCAGGAAUCAUCCAUCAGAUUAUUUUGGAAAACUAUGCCUAUCCGGGAGUAAUGCUGAUAGGUACUGAUUCCCACACACCUAAUGGUGGUGGAUUGGGCAGCAUCUGCAUUGGAGUGGGUGGAGCUGAUGCUGUUGAUGUCAUGGCAGGAAUUCCCUGGGAGCUUAAGUGUCCCAACGUUAUUGGUGUGAAAUUGACAGGCAGUCUAUCAGGUUGGACCUCACCAAAGGAUGUUAUUCUGAAAGUGGCAGGAAUUCUUACAGUAAAAGGAGGCACUGGUGCUAUUGUGGAGUAUCAUGGCCCUGGGGUGGAUUCAAUCUCAUGUACAGGAAUGGCUACUAUCUGUAACAUGGGUGCUGAAAUUGGUGCUACCACAUCAGUUUUUCCAUACAAUCACCGUAUGAGGACAUACCUGGAAAAGACGGGCCGUGCAGAAAUUGCCCAUCUGGCUGAUGAGUACAAAGAUCUGCUCACCCCUGACAAUGGUUGUGAAUAUGACCAAGUGGUUGAAAUUAACCUAAGUGAGCUGAAGCCACACAUUAAUGGUCCCUUCACUCCUGACUUGGCUCAUCCAGUGUCUGACAUUGGCGCUGUGGCAGAGAAGAAUGGCUGGCCAUUAGAGGUCAAAGUGGGUCUAAUUGGAAGCUGCACCAACUCAAGUUAUGAAGACAUGGGCAGAGCUGCCUCUCUGGCCAAACAGGCUCUAGAUAAGGGGCUCAAGUGCAAGGCCCAAUUCACAGUCACCCCUGGUUCUGAGCAGAUCCGUGCUACCAUCGAGAGAGACGGUUAUGCUAAAAUACUGCGUGAUGUUGGAGGAGUUGUCCUGGCCAAUGCUUGUGGACCAUGCAUUGGACAGUGGGACAGGAGAGAUGUUAAGAAAGGCGAAAAAAACACCAUAGUCACAUCCUUUAACCGGAACUUCACAGCACGAAAUGAUGCAAAUCCUGCCACACAUGCAUUUGUCACAUCCCCAGAGAUUGUUACUGCACUUGCCAUUGCUGGUACAUUAAAAUUCAACCCUGAGGUAGACUAUCUCACAGCUCCCAAUGGAGAGAAAUUUAAGCUGGAGCCCCCUACAGGAGAUGAGUUGCCUGCACUUGACUUUGACCCAGGCCAAGAUACAUAUCAGCACCCCCCAGCAGAUGGGUCUGGACUCAGAGUGGAUGUCAACCCACAGAGCAACCGCCUCCAGCUGCUCGAGCCUUUUGACAGGUGGACUGGCAAAGACCUAGAGGAUAUGCAAGUGCUUAUUAAGGUAAAAGGCAAAUGCACCACUGACCACAUCAGUGCUGCUGGACCCUGGUUAAAAUUUCGUGGACAUUUGGACAACAUCUCGAACAACCUGCUUAUUGGAGCUGUCAACAUUGAAAAUGAUGCAGUCAAUAAGAUCCGCAAUCAGCUAACUGGAGAAUUUGGUGCUGUACCCGAUGUUGCACGCAAUUAUAAGAAAAAUGGUAUCUCGUGGGUUGUGGUGGGAGAUGAGAACUACGGCGAAGGAUCCAGUAGAGAACAUGCUGCUUUGGAGCCUAGACAUCUUGGAGGCAGAGCCAUCAUUGUCAAAAGCUUCGCCAGAAUCCAUGAAACAAACUUGAAGAAACAAGGCCUGCUUCCUCUUACCUUUGCCGACCCUGAUGAUUAUGACAAAAUCCGCCCAGAUGAUAAAAUAUCCAUUGUUGGUCUCCAGACUUUUGCCCCUGGAAAGCCCCUGCAUGCUGUACUCAAGCACAAGGAUGGCAGCAAGGAAACUAUUGAGCUAAACCACACUUUCAACGAGACACAGAUUGAAUGGUUCCAGACAGGCUCUGCCCUAAACAGGAUGAAGGAGCUGCAGAAAUAAAGGACUGGUUUUGAAGAAAGUGCAAGAAGCUACCCAAAUAGAAGGGUUGUAAGGUGUCAAAUGUUCAGCAGACUGAUUUGUAUUUGGUUGACUUAAACACACCCCGUUAUAGUGACAGCAUUCAAUCGGAUUUUAUGUUUCUAAUUAAACAACCAUUGUUGCCUAAAUAAGGCAUACAAACAAUAAAUCAAUGCACAGACACAAGUAAAUGUGAGGAGCCAACGCAGUGUUGAUGAUUCCAUAGCGUUCCGGUAGAGGUCUGGUAUUUCACGCAGCUGACUAAAAGUGCAUGUUGCUUGUUUUUUUAUUUACAUUUUUGGAUCUUGAAUCAGCUUGGGAAAGGAAACCUGACACUAUACUUCUCAAACACCGCUGUUUUCUUUAGAUUCCACACUUGAUCUAAUAUUUAAUCCAGUGAGCUCAUCAAAUGAGCAGCAGUUGUAUGUCUUUACUCUGCCCUUUGUUAUCGCUUUAAGGAAGUAAUCAAUAAAAACUGCUUGCGAAUCUU